AUGGAAAACCCUCAUGAACAGACACAUAAUGCAUUGUUGUCGAGGAUAAUUAAUAAUAUGGAAAGCUUGAAUGAAUCGGUGGUUGCGGUAAACAAAUCCUUACAACAAAUCAACAACAACAAUUUACAAACAGAAAUAUUGUCGCAGAUGUGGGAAAACUAUAUUCGGAACUCUGAGUACAAUUUAGAGGUGACCGGUUUGAAGAAGGAGCCAUUGUUUGAGAAGAGAGAAUGA